AUGUCUAAAGUCUUCAAUUUCAAUGGAGAUGACGAUUUUUUCCCUGGGGGAUUCUUAUACCCGAAUAAUAAGGAAUCGAGUCUCUAUUUGUCCCUUGGUCAUCGUGUGGACAUGUUUGUUCCUCCUCGUAAGAAGUCUCGUGUCAAUGCCGCGGUCGUUGUCAGCAGAGAGCAAAAGCAACAGUCAUCCAUUGAAGUUCUUCCUGACGAAUGCCUCUUUGAGGUGUUCAGACGCCUUCCUGGAGGCCAAGAGAGGAGUGCCUGUGCAGGAGUCUCCAAGCGUUGGCUUAUGCUUCUAAGUAGCAUUCAGAGGGAUGAAAGAUGCAAUAAUGAAGCCACUCUAUCUGUGGAGCCUGAGAACAGAUCUAAUAUUAAAAAGGCAGACGACUCCAUGAAGCCAAAAGAUAAGGGUGGAUUUGUUGAGUCAAAUGGAAUCAGAGCUGAAGUUGAGGAGGAAAACUUAGAGACAGAUGUUGAUGGAUAUCUUUCUAGAUGCCUGGAAGGAAAGAAAGCUACUGAUGUGAGGCUGGCUGCCAUUGCUGUUGGAACUGGAAGCUGUGGAGGUUUGGGCAAGCUAUCCAUCCGAGAAAGCAGUGCUACUCGUGGAUUGACAAAUUUUGGCCUCAAGGCCAUUGCUCGUGGUUGUCCUUCUUUGAGAGAGCUUUCGAUUUGGCACUCAUCAUCAAUUGGUGAUGAAGGGCUACUUGAGAUUUCAAAUGGCUGUCAUCUGCUGGAGAAGCUUGACCUAUGCCAUUGCUCGGCAGUUACAGACAAGUGUUUGCUUGCUAUUGCAAAGAACUGUCCCAAUCUGGUGUCAGUUACAAUAGAAUCUUGUUCAAACAUUGGAAAUGAAAGCUUGCAAACUUUGGGACGUAGCUGCCCCAAUCUGAAAUCCGUUACUGUUAAAAAUUGUCCUCUUGUUGGGGACCAAGGAAUUGCAGGUCUAUUUUCGGCAGCUGGUAAAGUUAUUACAAAGGUGAAGCUUCAGGCACUUAACAUCAGUGAUGUGUCUCUUGCUGUAAUUGGACACUAUGGCAGUGCAAUGACUGACCUUGCACUAAUUGGCCUCCAAAAUGUGAACGAGAGGGGCUUCUGGGUCAUGGCUAGUGGUCAAGGUUUGCAGAAGCUGAAGUCUUUGGCAAUAACCACUUGCCGAGGAGUUUCUGAUUUAGGGCUUGAAGCUAUUGGAAAAGGGUCACUUGAAAGUCUUAAAUUGGAGGAAUGCCACAGGAUUACCCACUGUGGGUUUUUUGGCAUCUUUGCAAACUAUACUGGGAAAUUGAAGGCUCUUUCUUUGGCCAAUUGCUUGGGAAAUCAGAACAUGAACUUUCUAUUUUCAUUGACAUCUCUUUGCUAUUCACUUCGAUCGCUGACCGUCUGCAACUGCCCUGGAUUUGGUAAUGCUAGCUUGGCCAUGAGCUCUGAAGGUGGUUUGAUAAAGGUUAAUCUUAGUGGAUGUGUCAAUUUGACCGACGAUGUUGUUGCAACCAUUUCUAAGCUGCAUGGGAGCACUCUCGAGAUUCUGAAUCUUGAAGGCUGCAGAUUCAUCACUGAUGCAAGCCUGGUGGCAGUUGCAAGGGAUUGCUGGCUGCUGAAUGAACUUGAUGUUUCUAGUUGUGGAAUCACUGAUUCUGGCAUUGCAGUCUUGGCUGGUGCCAAGCAUCUGAAUCUGCAGAUACUUUCCCUGGCAGCUCUGGUGCUGUUGAUCUGCUUGUUGAGCAACUUCGGAGGUGUGCUAUACUCUCCUAAGCAGCUGGCAGUUGGAAAGUCCCAUUCAAGCCACAGAUGGUGUGCUUUUUUUCCAUUAGAAAGCUGUUCCAAGAAGUUUUCCCCUUGCUUCUGGCCUAGCAGUUGUUACUUCAACUUGCUCGGUCUGAGCUUGUUACUUUGUCAAGUCACCAAGUCUUCCAUGUCGCUGCAUGCUUACAUGAUGGUUGGGUUUGAUUCCGUCAGUCGGUCUGUGUUUGUGGUUGCUUUUGGCAGUCGUAGUUUUGUAACCUUGCUUUCGUGGGCUUUGUCCGUGGCAGAGUUGUUUAGUCUGCCAUGA